CAUCAAUGCAAAACCCGUAUCACCCCAAAGCUUCAGUAGGAGUAACCUGGAGCUAGCUGGCCGUUAAUUACAUCGUGCAGUCCCAACCGCCAGACCAGCCCCAACCAUAAUGGCUACGACGCCGCCAUUGUCGCCUUCAGUUGCUGCUGCAAAGACAUCGCGCGUGGAAGGCUGGAUCCAACAGCUCUCCGAACCGGCCUCAGCCCAGACAGACGCUCUCUCCCCGCCGUCGACGCCUGAGAACCGCCCAUCGCUGAAGCGGCAGCGUGCGACCUCCUCCGCACCCUGUCCCUAUUCAAUGUCGGCGCGCACCAACAGCCCCAAGCGACCGAGACGCGAUACCGACACCGAAGUCCUGCCUGCCCACAGCGUAUCAGCAGCCGGAGCAGCCUCAAAUGUGAGCGCGCUCGCGCUCAAUGAGAAGAAUACCUUCAGUCCGCCCGGCAGCCAAGCCGGCACCAGGAGCCCUCGCCGAGCGAACAGCCCGUCGCGCGAUAGCAUUUCCGUACUAGCUUCUGCAUUCCCCCCGACAAUAACGGAACCGAGCUCGGGGCUGAGGACACCGCCGCCGCGGAGGGUGAGGGAUGUCAUGGAGCGGCUGGAAGACGGGCUGGACAGAGGGUGGAUACCAGGGCGGCUGCGGGAGCCAAUCGACGAAGACCAGGACUUUGGAUACCAAAGGAUUGAGCGCCAUGCCUGGGGCGAGAGCACGGCGCGUAACCUCUCGGACCCGGGCGUUGACAGCGAGGAGUGUGAAAGACUAGCCUAUGUGCUGCGGAAGGUGAAGAAGAUCUGGCUGAACGCGCGAGUGUGCCAGUCGAGGGGUCGCGAUGAGAACGCGUGGUGCAUGGACGUGAUUCAGCCGUUGGUGAAGCUCGCGAUGAGGCUCGAAGGGCAGGACAAAUUCUGGCUUCAGAGCACAGUCCCAGGCCAUCGCUGCUGAAUUCCUUUCGUCCGUCCCCGACGUCUCUGGCAAACCCCGCCUCCUCGAUCGCAAAGCUGACUUCACACUCUCCUUCUCUCACAUGCCAUCCCCAGGCUUCGAAGACCUAUACAGCCGCCUAAAACGUGCGGACAACCCCGUCGUAAGCCACAUGGCCGACGCAUUCACGAAGACGACCGCUCUCUU